GUCCCACUCUCCCUCCUACCCCUCCUAUUUUAACCCCCCAAACCCAAUGCCCAUAAUCUUCUUUCUCUCCUCUUCUUGGUAAUUAAGGUUAAUUAUAAUUAUUUACUCUAGUUAAUUACCCAGUCAGGGGUAAAACUGGAACAGGGCCAUUCUUGUUCUUGUUCUUUAUGAUGGAACCUGCAGCAGCUCUUGGCUUAAAAAUGGGCGGCGGCGGCGGAGCGGUUAAGGAUGACGCGGCGGAGCUUGAGUUGGGGUUAAGCCUGGGGAGUGGCGGCAGCGUGGGGAAAAUGAGGAGAUCCUCAGAGUGUGGCAGCAGCUGCGGCGGCGGAGCUAGAAUAUUGACAGCUAAAGACUUCCCUAAUGGCUUUCCGAGGGUAGGACCCGCAGCCGCGGCGGUUUCCGGCAUGAAAAGAGCCGCUGAUGAUCCUUGUGUUGGCUCCCCUCCUACUGCUUCUAGUCAAGUGGUGGGGUGGCCACCCAUAGCGGCAUACAGGAUGAACACCUUGGCUAAUACCAACAGCCAAUCAAAGCUCUCAGAAGAUGAGGAAGAAGAUGAAGUUGUGGAAGAAGCCAUAGAAAACUCAAAGAAGAAAAUGAGCCAUGGGUUUGUCAAGGUCAACAUGGAUGGGCACCCCAUUGGGAGAAAGGUGGAUCUCAUUGCCCACACUUCCUAUAAGACACUUGCCCUAACUCUGGAGGACAUGUUCUUUAAAUCAACCCCAAAAACCACUAAUUCUACCUGCAGAAGGGGAAAGCAGCAAAAAAUGGUGCCCUCUAAGCUCCUAGACAAAUGUUCAUCUGAGUUUGUGCUGACAUAUGAAGAUAAAGAUGGAGAUUGGAUGCUUGUCGGAGACGUUCCGUGGGGGAUGUUUCUGAGCACGGUUAAACGGUUACGGAUCAUGAGGACAUCCGAAUCGAAUGGACUCGGCAUGGAUUCACAUAUAUAGACAAAAGCAGAAUGAAGAAUUGAAGAUCUUCAUCAUAUUUAUAUUAUUUCCUGCACUUUAAGAACAUAUCACACAGCUGGUAAACCCAAAGGAGAAUUCAGAGCACACACAAAAAACCAAGAGAAACUUC